GUGACGUCAGGGAGCAGAGCGAAGGGUGCCCAUGGCUAAUCAGCUCCCAUCCGCCGUGUUUGCCCAGCAGUGCCCGGGCGGCUGCUGCUCCCGCCCCGCUUCGCCGCUGUGAGUGUUUGGAGAGAGGAGAGGGAGCUCUGCGGAGCCGGUGCCCAGCCCUGCCCCUGCAGGGAGCCCCAGGGCUGCCGGCCCGGGGAGCCGGUGGGUGACAGCCCGGCCCAGGCUGGGACACUCCUCUCGCCAGUGCUGCACCCUGCCCGGAGCUGGGAACCCCCUCUCAGCACUGCAGACACCUCAGAACACGGUGCUCAGGGCAGGGAGGGCUCCAAGGGAGAAACUAGGAGCUGUGGUCACCCCAAAAACAGGAGAGCAGGGCAGCUCUGGAGCGGGGCUGUGGCUGUCCCCAAGCCCAGUGGCCGGUGUCCCACUCCCUGAGUGUCCCCAACAGUUAUGACACAGUCUGGUGCUGUGUCAGACCCCUUCAGCUGUCAGGGGCAGGCUGUCCUGUGUCCUCUGGCCAUCCUGUGUCCCCGGCCACCCUGCAUCCCCAGCCAUCUGUGUCCCCUGGCCCUGUUCUGUGCUGCCCCAGAUGACCCCGCUGGCACAUCCUGCUGCCAGGGCAGAAAUGGCACCUCUGGCACAGCCUGUCUGGGACCCGAGCUGAUUGCCAUUGUCCCUGUCCUCACAGGGGAGCCACAGGCCAUAGCGUGGGGUGAAAAUGCUGUCAUCCAAGUCUGUCCCCACUGGCCCAGACACUCUCCACAUGGUAUGUCCAUCUCUGCAUCCACAAGUUCCAAAAUCUCUCCCAGGCCUGGCUGGGGAGCCCAACAUCCAUCUCGAAGGGGCACAAAGCUGGAGAUGAGUGGUCUGAACCUGCAUGAGGGUGGUGCAGCACCUGGGGGUACCCAUGGAAAGGCUUUGCACACUGCAGCGGCAGCCCCUGUUUGCAGAGGCAUGGCUCGAUACGCAGUAUGUUCUUCAGAAGAUCCCUACUCCAGGAGUCAAAAUAGCAUGAAAUUUAAUUUUACGCCUAUUUGACAAAGCUUGAUUUCACCUCCAAUCAGCAGGGAGAUAAGAGCCCUCGGCACAAGUGUGCGGGCAGUUUGGCAGCUGGGGCUGCCGAUUUAAUAGGUGAAUUUACAGGGACAACACUUGAAAAUCCCCUGGCGAGUGAACCAUUAAGCCGUCAGCUCGCUGCUCCGCUAUAAAUACUUCAGGCCCAGGUGGAGGGACGGGCAGGGGGAGCGGCGCGGGAGCCUAUGCAUGGCCGGGCGGCAGCGCCAAGGGUGACUCCUGGGGGUGCCUCUGAGCGCUGACAUGGCUGCGGGUGUCAUCCAGCCCCUGGCCGAGCUGCGGCUGCCCUCGCCCUUCCCGCACGGCCUCCUGCUGCCCACGCACCCUGAGCCCGACUUCCCCGACCUCUCCGAGGAGGAGGAAGAGGAAGAGGAGGAAGAGGAGGAGGACGUGGAAGCAGUGGAGGAGAGCGUGAGGCCGGAGCUGGCCAGCGUCUCCAGCACUGCCGAGACCACCCUGCGUCUCCUCAAGUUUUCGGAGCACAUCAGCUGCGACAUCCAGCGCUACUUCGGGCGGCGGGGCCGGGAGGAGGCUGCCAGCAGCCACCCCGUGCCCCAGGACUGCGGCUCGCCCCAGAGCGCUGAGGCUGUGCCCGAGGUCGUGGCCCCGCGGGGCAGCCCGGGGGCCACACACAGGCUGGGGCCGCUGGCCGAGCUCUUUGAGUACGGCGUGCACCGGUGCCUGCCCGCACGGGCGGCCGGCGGCAAGACACAGCGGCUGGAGAGGAAGUACGGCCACAUCACCCCCAUGCACCGCAGGAAGCUGCCGCCCUCCUUCUGGAAAGAGCCGGGCCCAGGCCCCGCCAGCCUCCUCCACACUGGCACCCCUGACUUCAGCGACCUCCUGGCCAACUGGACAGUGGAGCCAGGGCCAGAGCUGCCGGGCACCGGGCGGGAGCUGCUGGCUCGCCCGGGGCUGGAGGCAGAGCCCUUUGCUGGGCUGUGACCCCACUGUGGCCCCGGGGGCCCUGGUCCCGCCACGUGCCACCCAGUUAAUGAUAAACCUGGUGGCCCCAGUGCCAGCACCAGGGCACUCGGAGCUGCCGGGUCGAAGCCGGUGAUGGGACGAGUGAAUAAAUGAC